GUAUCCUUCCGCACAGGAGGGGGGUGGGCGGCCGAGGGGCGGAGCGCGCGUGCGCAGUGCGGGUGUUGUGGCGCGGCCCGUCUCCGGUCCGCCUCCGUCGCCUUUGGGCCCCCCUCGAGAGAGAGACCGACCGACCGACCGACCGACCGAAAGACCCGACCCGCCGCCAUGAAGUUCGUCUACAAGGAGGAGCACCCUUUCGAGAAGCGCCGCUCCGAGGGCGAGAAGAUCCGGAAGAAGUACCCCGACCGGGUCCCGGUCAUUGUGGAAAAAGCACCCAAGGCUCGGAUAGGAGACCUGGACAAAAAGAAAUACCUCGUCCCGUCUGAUCUCACAGUUGGCCAGUUCUACUUCCUGAUCCGGAAAAGGAUCCAUCUUCGGGCAGAGGACGCGCUCUUCUUCUUUGUCAACAACGUGAUUCCCCCAACCAGUGCCACCAUGGGGCAGCUCUACCAGGAACAUCACGAGGAAGAUUUCUUCCUGUACAUUGCCUACAGCGACGAGAGCGUCUAUGGCAGCAUGUGAGGCGCGCCUCCGCCUGCCGCCACCAGGGGGCAUGUGCUCCCGAAGGGACCCUGCACUUUUUUUGUUGUCGAUUGUUGUUGAUUUUAUGUUAAUGAGCCUUUGGCCCCAGGAAAAAGAGGGGAGGGUGGUUGAUUUUCUUUCUGCUCUACUCCCCUCCCGUCCUUCUGACCCUUUUUUCCUUACAAACACACUUCCUUCUCCCUUGCAUCGCCUCCCCCCCCCACCCUGCAGUCCUCAGUCCUGUUGGGCUUUCUUUGAGGUGGUUUUAUGGCUUACAGGAAAAAUACCUCUUUGCUUUGGGCUUCUUUUUAUCUCCCUUAUACACCUCUGCUUUUCUUUUCUCUUCCUUGAUGGGGUAGGAGAUCUCGGAUUCUCAAAAACAUAAAAGGAAAAAAAAAGUAUUCCUCCCGUUUCUAUCUCGCAACUUCACUACCAAGACCUGAGUGUGUUCCUAUUGGGGUUGUGCUCCGCCUGGCAGUUUUCUGUAACCAGAGGGGAUGGGGAAUGCUAAUAAAAGUAUAUAUAAGGAUA